ACUACAGUCAGAGAUCAACAACAACAAUAAUUAAUCAAGAGCUGAGCCUGAGCGAGGGAAGGUUGAAUUCGGAGUGAUUCCAACGGGGGGCUCCCUCUUCCCUCGGCCGACUCCGAUUUGAUGCCGAUUCAGGUGACUUACCGAUUGAUGCAAUCUUUUCCGGCUCAUGGUUAUGCCAUGCCAUGCCCUGUUCUAAGGUAGACCUUCGUUGUAGGAGGCGACCGUACUGCUGACGUCGAAAUUUUAAGUAUGGACAUUUCUGGUUUUGGGCCGCGCUAUUAGCCCAAUAAGUUGGGCCCAAUUCAAAGUAAAAUGGUUAUGAAUUAUCUAGGCCCAUAAUAGACACGGCCCACUUUUAUGUUCAGAAAAAGAAUUGGUUAGUGAAAGAGAUGGAUAGUGUGUUCAGAUAAAGUAAGAAUGUAUUUGUUUGUCUUAACGAAUAGAAUAGCAAAGAAAAAAGUUGAAUUUGACCAUUUCCAGGAGAAAAUACACACCUGUAUAUAUGCAAUGUUGCCAGAGAAGUAAGCAGCAGCAGAAGCAAACAGCAAAGACCUUUUCCUGCAAAACAAAAAUGACAUCAAAAAGGAAUUCAAACUGCAGCUUUCAGGUUGCAUCACUGGGAUUUGAUCAAUUCCAAACUCCCAUAAUUCAUAUAUAUAUAUAUAUAUAUUCCCUGUUAACAGCUCAAGCCGGCUGAUGAUGGUCAUUCAAUCAAUAUUCCUGCAUGUAUAAAUAGAAGAGCUUGGUCUUAAGAUAGCAUCCCAUCACAAAUAUGGCCAAACCCAAAGGCUCUAAACUGAAGCUAAGUUAUCUGCCUUCUUUCCAAAUAUGCCGUCCCAAAAAGCCUUCUUCAAUGGCGAAAAGCCCCGUGCCUGCUGUUAAACUCAUGUACUCUCCUGUUAACUGCAAGUCAUUCGACAUUUCUUACCUCAGUUUUCCGGAUGCCCCACCAUCCACACCGUCGAUGAUCUCCCCAUUUGAAUACACAUCCCAUCCAUAUUCUGAGCGAAGAAAUAGAGAAAAACUUUCCAACUUAAGCAACUCUGAUGAGACUUCCUCCCCAGUCACACCAUCAAGAAAUGGGAAAAAAAGUUAUGUAAGUGCAGCAGAGAAAUCAAAAGCUAUGGCCAAUUCAUAUGAGAAUGAUGACAACGUACUCUCUUCCCCACCUAGUUUCAACUCAUCCUAUGAUCACUUAAAAUAUUCAUUCAAGACAGGGAAGAAAUCGAUGCAGCAAACAAAUAUCAGACCACAAAGAUUAAAGAAUUUCCAGUCAAAAGAAAGGUAUAGUAGAGACGAGCAUCGUGAAAUUAAAUCAGCAAUUCCAAGUAAGUUCAUGCCAUGUAUAAGGAAUGCAAAAGUGAAUGAGAGCUUUGUUGUGGUGAAGAAGUCUGUUGAUCCUUACGAGGAUUUCAAGAAUUCCAUGUUGGAGAUGGUCCUGGAGAAAGAGAUGUUUGAUCCCAAAGAGCUGGAACACCUCCUGAUGAGCUUCCUAUCACUCAAUUCAAGAAUUCAUCACGAAGUCAUAAUAAAGGCUUUCACAGAGAUCAUGCAGCGUGUGUUCUGUGGAUAAGCAAACAGAUCUACAAACUCAUUUGUUUUAUUGUUUGAUUCUUGGAUCAUGAGUAACUGAUUACUUAAUUCAAGAAUGAUUUCUUUUAUUGUUUGAUUCUUGG